AUGGAAUUUAUGCGGAUACACGUGGACUGCCAGCCCUCAGAUCCGCCCCAAGUUCUUUUAAAACUGAACUCCUCUAUCUGGGAUGAACAACACAGAGCUAUAGUUUGUCUUCUGCAAGCGACCGAAACAUCCGACUACGAAGACGAACUGGCUAAUGCGUGGCUUCAGAAUUGGACCGACGCACAGAUCCAGAGUCUUCUUCAGAGCCUUGCGGUUGCGGUUACAAACCUUCGUUCGCAGGUGUCUCGGGCGGCCAUACACUUGGUGCGAAAUCUAAGUCAUCGCCUCAGCAACAAACCUCUGGAAACCGAGUCAUUUCGGUUGAUUCCCGCCUUACUUUCUCGAAUUGGUGGCGACUCAAGCACUGCCUUCAUCCGCACCGAAGCACACGACUGUCUGUUUGUGCUGAUUGGAAGGAUUAAUCCCCUCUGUGCAGUGGGAUGCCUAAACACGGCCGUGAACUCUGGCCACGGACGCAGUUCAAUGGGCAGAAAUGCCAUUGCCGCGGCUCUCGCUGCAGUGCUUCCCAGCCUUGUUGGCCUUGAAGGCUGGCAGCAACCAGGAGGUGGACCAAUCGAAUCCAUUCGCACCACGACGGACCUAAGAGGCAAGCGGAAAGAGUACUUUGACCGAUUGCUCAAGAAUGUGGCAAUAUUUCUCGCCGAUGGAAAUCAGGAGACCCGCAUCUUCCUUUCCAUGGUGGGUGAAGUGGGUUUUAUUGCUCUCUCCUGCCGUUUCUACCUCCAACGUGAAGUUAACGGAGAGGUAUGCUUGAUUGACAAUAUUGAGGAGCACGCCGACAUCGGGGCUAAUCCUCGAUUGAGCUCCAAAGCACGAAAACUGGAUCCACUUCAGACAAGUUCAGUUCUCAAUAGGUCUACGAGCUGCCCGAGACCCGCUCCCGCUUCAUUUGUCCCCAAUUUUUCAAAUACUGCUCCCGUGGACAACCCCGUAAGCUCAACUGUACGGAAGGACGAUCCCGGAAAACGGAACGCGAACGACGUUCCCGCAACUGCCGAUGACCUUUUUACUUCCGGUGUGAAUGCGGCCCAGAAAGCGGAAUUUGAUGGAGAAAGGUUUCCACCUGGUCUUCUUGCGCUCCUUUUCUUUCACGAAGAUGCUGAAGGGUUCACCGCUGUGAUGGAUAUUUUAGCUAACCACCUGGCUUGUCCAUAUCCUGGCGUCGCGAGUUUGGCUAGAGAAGCUUGCGAGAUGAUAAGAAAGAUUUUAGGUCCAGAAGCCCUUGUCAAGCCCCUUCUCCAUGGACAACAUCUCCAAGAGGACCCUGACAAACGCGCCAUCUUAAUCGAGGAGCUCUCUGAUGUGACUGCGGAUCUGAACACUCCCUCCGUCCUGCUUGAUCAAUACCUUGUUCCCGAGGUGUUGCAGUUGACCUCGGUAGCCGCACGGUAUGCUACCUCAGAACGUCUGCAGUCUGCUAUGCAAAGUUUUGUACGUUGCGUCUAUAACCAGGCUGGCGACACGCUUCUGCAAGCUGCUAAGGCCGCUGAUGCCACCGAGCCCUUGGAAACCACUUUGGAAUGUGCCUAA